UGAAGCCCAUGUGUAGAGGAACUGAGGUCUUCUACCAUCAGCUGGACCCAACUUGACAGUCAUGUGAGUAAAGCAACUUGGACGUAGAGCCUCUAGGCUACACGGAUGACUACAUUGUCAGAUGACUGGAACCUCAGCCAACAUCUGACAGCAACUUUAUGAGACAUUCGAAGCUCUUGCAAAGUACAUCAAGGCUAAAGUGAACCAGCUCACUCUCAGGCAGUACUGGAACCAUGAGCAAUAAUGGAACAGACUUAAUCACUGGUUUCAUCUCCUCUUCUGUAGCUGUUCUUUUGUUUGGCUCCAACUUUGUACCACUUAAAAAAUAUGAUACUGGUGAUGGAAUGUUUCUCCAGUGGGUACUUUGUGCUGCCGUAUGGUUGGUUGCCCUGGUGGUCAAUCUGGUAUUACGUUGCCCUAAAUUUUGGCCUUUUGCAAUGGUUGGGGGCUGCAUUUGGGCAACAGGGAACAUUGCUGUUGUCCCAAUUAUCAAAACCAUUGGUUUAGGCCUUGGAAUAUUAAUCUGGGGAUCUUUUAAUGCCUUAACUGGCUGGGCAAGCUCAAGGUUUGGCUGGUUUGGAAUGGAUGCAGAAGAAGUAUCAAAACCAGUGCUAAAUUACAUUGGAGCUGGAUUAUCGGUAGUAAGUGCUUUCAUAUUUUUGUUCAUCAAAAGCGAAAUACCAAGAAACACGAGUUCUGUGGAUACCACACCGUUAAUGACAGAGCAUGCAAUCAACAAAAUUCCAGAUCCCUGUCGUGAUUAUUCCUGGGUGGAUAAACUCUCCACAGUGCAACAGCGCAUAGUGGGCUGCAGUCUUGCAGUGAUAUCUGGAAUAUUCUACGGGUCGACAUUUGUGCCAGUCAUUUAUAUCAAGGACCACAGCAAAAGAAAUGAUAGUAUAUAUGCAGGGGCAAGCCAGUAUGAUUUAGACUAUGUUUUUGCACACUUCAGCGGCAUCUUUCUUACAAGUACAGUCUACUUUCUCGCCUACUGUAUAGCCAUGAAAAAUAACCCUAAGCUAUAUCCUGAAGCAGUCUUGCCAGGUUUCCUGUCAGGAGCUCUUUGGGCAAUAGCUACCUGCUGUUGGUUCAUAGCUAACCACUCUCUCAGUGCUGUGGUCAGUUUUCCAAUAAUCACUGCUGGUCCAGGACUUAUAGCGGCAAUGUGGGGUGUCUUCAAGUUUAAGGAAAUACAGGGUCUACAAAACUACUUAUUGAUGAUAUUUGCAUUUUGCAUCAUCUUGACUGGAGCAUUAUGCACAGCUUUCUCUAAAAUCUAAUAAUCAUAAGACCAGCAGAUGGCAGCAGUGGGUAAGAGGAAACCGCUGCAGGACUCUGCGAAUAUGCCAAGAACAGAGUGCGUUUUCAUACAGCAAAAUGGAUCUCAAUCUGUCGUGGACUGGGUAAAUGAUUUUUAUUUCAGACAUGUGGAAAUAAAGAAAAACUAAGUUUCAUCCAAGUAUAAAAAUGAAAACUUCUUCUAAUGAUCUAUUUAUAAAGGUAGGACUUUCCUGGGUGACUAAAAUGUCUGCAUUCUUAGAGCAUUACAGCUGAGAGUGCUCCUUUUACCACGGUAUGUACUCAGUGUCACAUAAGCUACAAAACAGUGUGGAGUUCACAUACACAAAGAAUUGUGUAUAUAUCCAAGAUUACCCUCAUUAAUGAAGAGAGGCAGAAAAAUGUUGGGGAGAGAAUUGGGAGAAGACCCACCUUAUAAUGGAAUUCCAAAGGUAUCUAGAUCCUUUGCUAGAAAAAGUAAAUGUCACAGUUGGUAACUGAAUGUUAAAAAGGUCAUUUCAUUAUUUUUAGCCCAAGCUUAUUUUUAUUUCAAAUGAAUAUUGCCCAACUCUCCAUCACCCACUCGUCUUAGCUCAAAAUGCUCUUGAUCAUCUCCAGAUAAAAUCCAUUCUCAGAGAACAAAAAUUUCCCACC